AUGGGUUCUGGAGCUGAGAAGGGUCAGAAGGACGAACUGGAUAUAGGGGACGAGUGGCGCGCUAAGAUAGUCCGUUUCUUCUCUAUUCUGGAUGCUGACAAGGACGGAAUUGUAAACCGCCACGACUAUGUUGACAAGACUUUAGAAAGAGCUAGAAAAUAUUUUGUUGCGGACAAGAUAAAUGACUUCAAUGAUACCGUUUCCGAAGCGUGGGGUAAUUUUUGGUCUUUCUCUGAAAAUGAAUACAAAGGCAGUUUUGAGAGAAAAGAUGCUAUUUGGAUUCACAAACGUCUAUUCAAAGGAAACCUAAGAGAAUCAAGCAGUGAUUGGGAAGAGGGCAUCUUUCGAGCAGCAGAUGGUGACGACAACGAAGAGCUCAACGUCUACGAGCACAAAACAUUCUGUUUGGUAUUUAACGUUCAAGAAGGCAUCGACAAGUCAUUUGAGUAUAUCGAUCAGAAUCAAAAUGGCAUUAUCGAUAAGGAAGAAUUCCUGAAAGCAGCUCAUGAUUAUUUUUACAGCCGAAAAAAAGAUUCCUGGUUUUUCGGAAUCUGA